AUGGGUCUCGGAGACUCGAUUAAAAGGUUGUCGCAAUCGUUAGGAUUCGGCAAAGCUGAAGACGCUUCUGAAGAAAAGCCAGGUCUUGAUAUCAGUCGACUCCAGGAGAGCGACAGCGAGAGUGAGAUUGACCAGGAUCAGGGGAAUGACUCCGAAAGUGAGGAGGAGAUCGAGGAGGAGGAUAUGCCACUCAGUGAGGCUGAGCUCGACGAUGACGCGGAUGUGGUUCCUUUCCAGAAGGUCACUAUCAACAAUCGCCCUGCUUUGAAGCAAGCGCUGAAGUCCAUCGAGCUUCCCGCUGAGGCUAAGACCAACUUCAUCGAGCAUAUGACCAUUACUGCUGAUUCUGCUGUUGUGCUUAAGGAUAUCUAUGAUGAUACGGAACGCGAGCUUGCAUUCUACAAGCAAGCUCUCGAGGCUGCUUCCUCUGGGCGUAAGAAGUUCAAGAAGCUCAAGCUGCCUUUUUCACGGCCUGAAGAUUACUUUGCGGAGAUGGUGAAGAGUGACGAGCAUAUGGAGAAACUCAAGCAGAAGCUCAUUACCGAAGAGACGGCCAAGAAGGCCUCCCAGGAAGCUCGUCGCCAACGUGAGCUCAAGAAGUUUGGCAAGAAGGUCGAACAUGCUAAGCUCCAGGAACGUCAAAAGGAGAAGCGUGAUACUCUUGACAAAAUCAAGAACCUUAAACGUAAACGCGCAAAUGAUGAUGUCAGUACAGACCAGUUCGACGUUGAGAUCGAGGAUGCUCUGCGUGAUAAAAAGCAGGAGCGUGAUUCCAAGUUCAAGCUAGGCAACACAAAGCGCCAAGCCAAAAACCAAAAGUAUGGAUUCGGUGGUAAAAAGAGCGGAAGCAAGCGUAACACUUCAGAGAGUACUAUGGAUAUCAGCAGCUUCCAGCACAGCCGUAAGCAGAGCCGUCCAGGAAAGAGCCGUCGUCACAAGUAA